AUGUUGACAUGUAGUUUUUUUCUGUUAAUGCAACAUAUUGGUCAAGAUGUUCCCAAACGUCAUACCCACUUUGUAUUAGAGUCGCGUCUUAUGUAUGAAAAAUCGUUCCGCGACGAGUGGCUUCGCAGCUUAUGUCAGGCCAUCUCCACAUUGGACGAACCAUUGGCGAAAACACUUUCUGGUGCACGUCAGCGAAUGUUUCAGAGGAAAGUAGCUUGCUUCAGCUACAAUCAGUUUGGACUUUUUACGGUUCCUUACUAUCGGUUGGCAAAUGUUGAUCGUUACUACGCUGUGCAAGGGGUUCCAGGAACUCGAGAAUGGGUGCCAUAUGCGAAUGUGUCGUAUUGGACCAUGAACAAGAUGGUCCGCAGUGGUCAUAUGUUAGUACACCGUGUAUAUUAUAAAGGAUGGGGUACUGAUAGGUCUCUUAAUCAGGGUGGGUGGGAAUAUCGAUGGAAUAAAAUUAUGCAGCGUAACGUUCUUCAAUAUACUUCCAUUUGA